UUAUCUUUUUAAUUUUCUUGUACUUUCUCGGUAACCAAACAGAGUUUUACAGUUGUCAACGGUUACACGUCGUGCAUGACUCUGCGUUCUUUGAUUAUGGUUGUUGUGGAGCCAUUCACUCAACUGAGAUUGAUUGGAUUGCAACCUUUUUCAAACUAUCUUACUGAAAAUCCCCCCCAAAUCACUCCUCGAAAAAUCUACACCGUUGGAUUUGGGACCCACUCAUUCAAUGGAUGAGAUUUUCCUGGAAAUGAUUUCGGGAAGAAUUCUGCAGUUAAAUCAUCACCACUCCUUGUCAAAUAUUUAACUGUUUUGACGAUUUUGAUAUAUAUAUUAAUUUUCUCUAAGUUUCAAUCACUGCUUUUUAACUGCUCUCGAUUUUACAUUUCUACGGUUGGUUUAUUAAGAAAAAUGCAUUCUAAUGAAUCAGAUUUGGAAUAAACAGGGUUUUACAGAUGUGUUGAGCUUUGUCAAUGGUUAAACGCAAUGUCAUACGCAAAAUUAGCAGGACUGCAUCCAAUUUAUGGACUGUAUACUGGUUUUAUACCAAUUUUUGUGUAUGCCAUAUUUGGGUCAUCUCGACAACUUGCAAUUGGUCCAGUGGCAUUGGUUUCUCUGCUAGUGUCUAAUGUUUUGGGUGGAAUGGAUUUAUCUGACGAGUUAUAUACAGAACUUGCGAUUUUAUUAGCAUUUAUGGUUGGGAUAAUGGAAUGUAUAAUGGCAUUUUUGAGGCUUGGAUGGCUUAUCCGCUUCAUCAGCCACUCUGUGAUUUCUGGCUUCACAACUGCCUCAGCCAUUGUCAUUGCACUAUCCCAAGCAAAGUAUUUCUUGGGGUAUGAUGUUGUACGAAGUAGCAAGAUUGUGCCAUUGAUUAAAAGCAUAAUAUCUGGAGCGCAUAAGUUCUCCUGGCCUCCUUUUGUGAUGGGAUCUUGCAUCCUUGCAAUACUCUUGGUCAUGAAGCAUUUGGGAAAAUCAAGGAAGCGGUUCAGGUUCCUACGACCAGCAGGUCCACUUACAGCGGUCGUUUUGGGUACAGUGUUUGUGAAAAUAUUUCAUCCAUCCUCAAUUUCUUUGGUAGGAGACAUACCCCAGGGACUCCCAAGCUUCUCUAUUCCAAAAAAAUUUGAGUAUGCGAAGUCUUUAAUCCCGACAGCAAUGCUUAUUACUGGGGUAGCCAUAUUGGAAUCUGUUGGGAUCGCUAAAGCUUUGGCAGCAAAAAAUGGGUAUGAGUUGGAUUCAAGUCAAGAGUUGUUCGGUCUUGGUUUGGCCAAUAUCUUGGGCUCAUUCUUUUCAGCAUACCCUUCAACAGGCUCCUUUUCUAGGUCAGCUGUAAAUAAUGACAGUGGGGCCAAAACUGGCUUAGCUGGAAUUGUAGCUGGAACCAUUAUGGGCUGUUCUCUUCUAUUCUUGACUCCGUUAUUCGAAUACAUACCACAGUGUGGUCUAGCUGCAAUAGUGAUCUCUGCUGUGAUGGGCCUGGUGGAUUAUCAUGAGGCUAUCUUCUUAUGGCAUGUAGAUAAGAAAGAUUUUGUUCUUUGGAUCAUUACCAGUACUACAACAUUGUUCCUUGGCAUUGAGAUUGGUGUCCUUGUUGGGGUUGGGGUAUCACUUGCUUUUGUCAUCCACGAAUCAGCAAAUCCACACAUUGCUGUCCUGGGACGUCUUCCAGGCACCACAGUUUACAGAAAUAUCCAACAGUAUCCAGAAGCAUAUACUUACAAUGGAAUUGUGAUUGUUCGCAUUGAUGCACCUAUCUAUUUUGCUAAUAUAAGUUUCAUAAAGGACAGGUUACGGGAAUAUGAAGCUGAUGUUGACAAGUCUGCCAGACAUGGGCCAGAAGUCGAAAGGAUUCAUUUUCUGAUUUUAGAGAUGUCACCCAUUACAUAUAUAGACUCCAGUGCUGUUCAAGCUUUGAAAGACUUGCACCAGGAGUACAAAUCACGGGAUAUUGAGAUCUGUAUUGCCAAUCCAAACCAAGAUGUUCUGCUGACCUUAACAAAAGCUGGUAUUGUAGAGCUCAUUGGUAAGGAGUGGUACUUUGUGAGAGUACAUGAUGCUGUUCAAGUUUGCCUUCAACACGUUCAGAGCUUAAACCAAACUCCUAAGAACCCAGAUUCAUUUGCUGAGGAUAAACCAAGUUUCUUCCAGAGGUUAUCGAAGCAGAGAGAAGAGGAUUUAUCAAUUGCAGAGCUAGAGUCAGGUGAUAAAAUUACAGAGCCGCACUUGGAACCAUUGUUGUCUCGGAAGUCUUGAAUUUUGCUCGAUUAUUUUUAUGAACUCAUGAUGGUGAUUUGUCGAGGCAGGGCGUGUAUUGAUUAUUUGGAUGUAAAUAAUUGAUUACAAGGUUCGAUUAUUUGCAAGUUUCUGUGCUUUAGUAAUGUAAGUUUUGUUUGCUGGAAA